AUGGAGACAGGCUACGGUGGUCCAAUGAUGGGCGGCUAUGGUCCAGGCAUGAUGGGAGGUUACGGACCCGGAAUGAUGGGUGGAUACGGUCCUGGAAUGAUGGGUGGAUAUGGACCAGGAAUGAUGAUGGGCGGUCCAGGAAUGUACGGAGGAUACGGAAUGGGAAUGUACCGCCCGAGCCUGCUUGGAAUGCUUCUCGGAUGA